UUUUUGUGUUUGAUGUAAAAAAAAUAAAAAUAAAAGUAUUUUGACAGUAAUUUUUAACUAAGAAAAAGUACUUUGCAAUUGGAUUAACUUGGAUUAUAAAUUAUCAGGAACGCCGAAAUAAACUUACGAAAUCAGAAGAAAGCAGUAAGCGUUAAGACUUCUUGUGAAAUACGUUAAAUCUCAGAAAAGUAUGAAUUCUCACUUUUUGGAAGCCCUUCUAAAAGUGUCGGAGAAGGCAGCCAACAUUGCGAGGGCCUGUCGUCAGAACCAGCAUUUAUUCAAACUGCUGGUACAAGAAAAGAAAAGCGAUGAAAAAAAUCCAAGAUUUGUCCAGGACUUCAAAACUCUUGCAGAUGUUCUUAUACAAGAAACUGUGAAACAUGACAUUGGGCGUAAGUUUGCCGAGAUCGCAGAUCACAUCCGCGGUGAAGAAAGCAACUUGUUCUGCAACACGCUUGGGGAAACCAUUACUGUGCAAGUGGAGAAGGACCAGGCCUCCACCGCUGCUUUGCUCAGCAAGGUUCUCGAGGGUGAUGCAGAGGCGGCUGAGCUCUUGGCCAUGGAAGUCCACAGAGAAAUGCUGUUGGAGGAUAUAAAUGUGGGCUCUACUUCUUUCCCACACGAGGUGGAAGUACCUCUUCAUCAAAUGGCCAUGUGGAUUGACCCCAUUGAUUCGACAGCGGAGUACAUCAGCGGGGAGGAAGUGAAGAGCCCCGCGGGGGACGUGUACCAGAGCGGCCUGCCGUGUGUCACGGUCCUCCUCGGUGUUUAUGACAGACACACAGGUGCUCCCGUGCUCGGCGUUGUCAAUCAGCCAUUCUUUUCCCGAGAUGGCACAGUAUGGCAUGGCCGAUGUCUGUGGGGCGUCAGCUAUAACGGUGUGAGCCGUAGCUCAGUCAAGUUGGUGGACGCCAGCAAAACAAAAAAGGUGGUGGUGCUGAGCAGCAGCGAGAGCACGGCCUUGCGCACGGCGCUGCGCUGGACCGGGUACCACCCGGCGGAGGUGGCGGGCGCCGGCUACAAGCUGCUGUGCGUCGCAGACGGCUCCGCCGACGCCUACAUCCUCUCCAAGGCCACGACCUUCUACUGGGACACCUGCGGCCCGCACGCCCUGCUGCGUGCCCUCGGCGGCUGCGUCAAGGACUACGACUCCUUGCUGCAGACCGCAGACAUUGACAGGUGUAAAGAACUCUCCUACAAAGUAUCCGAAGUUGAAGAUGCAGCUCAAGGAAUUUCAAAAUUUUGUAACCAUGGAGGUUUCAUUGCAACUCGAGAUCGGGACACGCUCGAAGAGCUAGCUGUCCUUAUAUGUAGACUGUAAAACAAUAGAUAAACAGCUGGCUGCAAUUCAUCUCUAUAUAUUCCAAUUGCUAGUGACAAACGUAAAACUUAUUUUGUAAGGAGAAGAUAAUAAAAAGAGAGACUAAAGAAAUUAGGCUAUAUCAUGCAGCAAUAGUAUCGAUCAGGCCUGUCACCAAGAUCUGUUUCCAAAUCCUGUUCAUAGCAUUUAAAAAUCCUGUAAUAUUCAAUAUCUAAAUUCAUGUUAGGUUUUGCGGUAAUUUAACUGUACAAAGUUAACCUUUUAUUUAGUUACUAUUUGACUCCCUGGAAGCCACGACUAUAGCGUUCACAGGUACAAAUCACUUUUUAUAUUUUAAGUGUUGAGCAAACAACUUGGUAAUGUUUCUACAAGCUAAUACAUUUCCUUAAUGUCUUAAUUAGUUCCAAUUAACUACAAUUUUCAAAAUUUAUUUUAUUAAAAAAUUCUAAAAUUGCACUUAAAAAAUUUCAAAUGUAGGCCACCUCAGAAUUUUCUUUGUUUACUAAAUAUAAAUACAUACAGUUUAAAUUAUUUACAAGUUCAAAAGGCAAGUAUUUAUUAGAUUUUAGCAUUCUAUAAUGCACAGGGCAUUCAGCAUUGGCAAGUCCAUCUAUUGUUCGUGCACAAAGUUUUCCUUCAACAGGUUUUUUUUAUCAUUCAUUUAACUGUCUAGUUGUAAGAUAAAAAAAAUAUCAAAGAUCAACUUUGGUUUUCAACUCGUCAAUUGCCAUAUAAACAAUGUUUACAUACUUUUGUGCCACCAAAUUUCUUUCAACCCAUGCUGUUAUAUUUUGUUAAGAAUUUCAGGAAAACAGACAAUUGAACAUUUGGUUUUUGACACGCCUCAACCUUUUUAACGGUUCCUAAUAAUUUCUGUGAUUACUUUGUUUGUAAAAGAUUCAUUUGGCGAUGGCUGUCUUUUCUCUAUCAUAACACAUCUAAAAGUUGUAUAAACUUAUUUGAGCAACAUGGUGUCGAAAACUCAACCUGCAAAUAAUUCAAGAACAGAGUACCGCCAAGACACGUCUAAUCUUUCAACAUGGCAAAAACAUUUACCUCAUGGCCAUAGAUAUUGUUGUACAAAUGGUACCUUUGGGUAAAUGUUUUUGUCUGUUGAUAUUAAACUUGUAAGUGUCAUGGCACCACAUGUUAUGGUAGUUGUUCACCGUCGGACGGCUCUGUGUUAAUAGCGAAGUAAAAUGUUAAUAUUUACAGGAAUGUAAUUUGAAUGGGAAAAUAUUGGCCCAACCAUUGAAAACAUCCUUGAAUUUCGCUGUUUUUCUGCCAAUCCGUUCUCUUUAAAUAUCCGUGAAAACUGAUAAAAUCUGUAAAAACGGCUGUCCUAGUGUCUAUAAUUUAUAUCUUAUUAGUGUUUGAUUGAAUAGUAGUUUAAUCUAAGCUUAGCUUGUCCUUUUUUUUUUUUUUUUUUUUCAUGCCAAGGUUUUUUGCCUCCUUGUGAAGAAAUAUGGCCUUUUUUUUUUUAUUAGCCCAUGGGAAGAGAUUAUUGCUUGAGCUGUACAUGAUCAUCACAGCACAGUUACUACGCUAGGGAGAGUAGGGUGGGCAAGCAUCCGGCUCAUACAUUGUAUCUUUAGAAUUGAAUUUAAUAAGAGGGAGACUUUAUAUAUAACAUAAAACCACUAAAAUAGUUUUUAUUUAUAUUUUCAUAUUCAUAUCAAAUCACCAGCCAGACAGUUGAAGAGAUAGGUGUAACAUACAAGCAGCAAUCAAGAACUACAACAUUAUUAAUACUUAUGAGAAAAUAACACCAAACUACUAGUUAGCUACAUGCCAAAUUUCAGAGGGACAAAAAUGUUAAAAUUCAUAGUUAAAUUUUAAGUUAUUAUGGCACUGAUCUGAAAGUUAGUGAAGUAAAACUCAUCUUUGCAUAUUCUUUUGUGGGUUUAUUGCAUGGAAACAGCUUUAACGAGGAAAAUUCCUAACUAAUCAUAUCAUAUACCUAAAUAAUUUUUUUUCCUCUGUUUUUUCUUUUAAUUUUAGUGGUUUAGCACACUUAAUGUUUCCCACAUUGUUCUUAUUGAGUCUGUAUUUUGGACUUGCUUAUAAAACAUUUACUCACGUACUGAAAAAUGUAUCUACGGAAGUUUUUUAAUGAAGGAAUGUGAUCUUAGUAUUCAUUGACUUUGACAAUGACUUGGAAUUUUUUUUUUUUUUUAAAUUUUGAUUUGACUUGAAAUAAAGGUCUUCUCACACCCAUUAUCCUUGACCCAAACAAAUAAACUAGUCAGAUUGAGAUCAUACAUAUAUAUAUAGACACACACACACAUUUAUAUAUAUAUAUAUAUAUAUAUAUAUAUAUAUAUAUAUAUAUAUAUA